AUGUCUACUAAACCUGACGCGUUUUACGAAUCAUAUAAAAAGAGAAAAGUUACUGGUUUUCUGGUUACGUUGCCACAGCUUGCUCUAGUGCGAGGCUCUUCGAUUGCUAGGCGACACUGGUAUGAAUGUAGGUUAACUGGCGGCUUGGGGUUGGCAACCGGCUCAAGCAGUUUACUACCUCAAAUUAUUGGAAAAGCUGAAUUGGCGGUUGGUGCAGUGAAUCAUUUGGUCAAGUUGUUAUGGGCGGAGCUGGGAAUCUAA